GGGAAGCGCCGCCUCCGGAAGCCGGGAGCGGAGGGCGGGAGGCCGGCAGCCGGCGGCGCGGUGGAGGCCCACGGGGGCGAAGGGGGCUCGGCAGCCGCUGGUAGGAGUGCCGGCGCCCGGCCGGAGCGCCCCGCCGCCAUGCCCGCGUUCCGGCAGGUGGGGGAGAAGCAGCUGCCGCAGGAGGUGGUGUUCAUGGCCUGGUCCCCCAAGAGGGACCUCAUCGCCCUGGCCAACCGGGCGGGGGAGGUUUUACUUCAUCGGCUUGCAAACUUUCAACGGGUGUGGAGUUUGCCUCCAAACGAAAAUACCGGAAAAGAAGUGACUGCUCUUGCUUGGAGACCAGAUGGCAAAAUUUUGGCUUUUGGCCUUAAUGAUACGAAGCGGAUUAUUCUAUGUGAUGUAGAAAAACCUGAAAGCUUGCACUCCUUCUCCGUGGACUCCUCUAUUACUUACAUGCACUGGAUGGAAGUAACUGAGGAAAGCAGUGUUCUCACUUCCUUUUACAAUGCUGAGGAUGAAUCAAAUCUCCUUUUGCCUAAAUUACCGGCACUACCAAAAAAUUACAGUACCACUGCAAAAAUUUUCAGUGAAGAAAAGUCAGAUGAGAUUAUGAAACUUCUGGGUGAUGUAAGGCUUAAUGCUCUUGUCCUUGGUGGCAGCUCAGGAUUUAUUGAGAUUUAUGCUUAUGGAAUGUUCAAGAUUGCUACAGUAACCGGGGUGGCAGGUUCUUGUCGUGGACUAUGUUUGUCUAGUGAUUUGAAAUCACUAUCGGUUAUUACAGAGAUACGAGACUCUUCAGACAGUGAAGCAGAGAUAACAUACUUUCAGCUGGACACUAGUCUAUUAUCAAGUUACUUACCUGAGGUAACUCGGAUGGCCCGGAAGUUUACUCACAUUUCAACUCUGUUACAGUAUAUAAAGUUGUCAUUGACGUGCAUGUGUGAAGCGUGGGAAGAAAUAUUGAUGCAGAUGGACUCACGUCUAACAAAGUUUGUACAGGAAAAGAAUACAACCACUUCUGUUCAGGAUGAGUUUAUGCAGCUGUUGUUAUGGGGCAAAGCAAGUCUGGAACUUCAGGCAUUACUAAUGAACCAACUGACAGUAAAGGGUUUAAAAAAACUUGGUCAGUCCAUAGAAUCUUCCUAUUCCAGUAUACAGAAGUUGGUCAUUAGUCAUUUGCAGAGUGGCUCUGAGGCACUAUUAUACCACUUGAGUGAAUUGAAAGGAAUGGCUUUAUGGAAACAAAAGUACGAGUCUCUGGGAUUAGAUGCAUCUGGAAUUGAAGAUGCUAUUACUGCUGUUGGUUCUUUCAUCCUGAAAGCAAAUGAGCUGCUUCAAGUUAUCGACAGUAGUAUGAAAAACUUCAAAGCAUUUUUUCGAUGGCUGUAUGUUGCCAUGUUGAGGAUGUCAGAAGAUCAUGUGCUUCCAGAGCUGAACAAGAUGACUCAAAAAGAUAUCACGUUUGUUGCUGAUUUUCUAACUGAACACUUCAAUGAGGCACCAGAACUUUACAAUCGUAAAGGAAAAUACUUCAAUGUGGAGAGAGUUGGCCAGUACUUGAAAGAUGAAGAUGAUGACCUUGUGUCACCACCUAAUACAGAGGGAAACCAGUGGUUUAACUUUCUUAAAAAUAGUACUCAUCUUAAAGAAAGUCCACUUCUGUUUCCCUACUAUCCUGAGAAGUCACUACAUUUUGUCAAAAGGCAAAUGGAAGGGGUCAUUGAUCAGUGUUUACAAAAGCCAGCGGAUGUCAUUGGGAAGUCAGUGCAUCAAGCAGUCUGCAUGUCUCUUUACAAAACUUCUCAAAGUGAAGAUUCCACACCUCAAUUAUUUAAACUACCAUUUCUGUGGAAUGACAAAACAUCCAAUAUACAUUAUGUUCUCUUCACCAUAUUAGAAAAUUCUGUUUCUAAAAUACACAUUCUGAGGAGACAUACUGAUACUUCCAGGUCUGUCAGUAAUGGAAUUCUUGCAGUAGAUUUUGGAAACUUCUUGAACAACAGUAUAAGUGAGAGCUCAGACUCCAGGUGCUACAGUUGUUUAGAUGCACACUUCUAUGAUGAUGAAACCGUAACUGUAGUCCUGAAGGAGAGUGUGGAACAAGAGGGGAAGGAGAGAGUCUUGGCUCAGCUGCCUUUAUCUUCAGUGUACACAGAUGAAGACCAAGACAGGGAAUUUAUCUGGGAUUCUACUAAAAGGCUGGAUGAGCAAAGUGAUGAGAUACCCACACGUACUGUUUUCUUGGAGAAUCAGUGGAGAGUGCUGGAGAAUAUGAAAGCUCAGUAUGUUUCUGUAAAUGGCAUUAGAAAAGUUUCCUGUGUGCUAAGUUCAAAUCUCCGUCAUGUGAGGGUGUUUGAGAUGGAUGUAGAGGAUGAUGGGGAAGUUGAGGAAGAAGAGGAAGAAGAAACAACUCAGAUUGCAGCUGGGGAACCUGAUGAGCAAAAUCAGUCCGCCGACAACCAGGACAAUGUGUGUGGUGCAUCUGCUGAAGAACUACUUGAUGAAACUGAAGAACAGGAAGCAAGUCUGGAUCCUUGACAUAGGCUUUUAUGCUGGUAAAGGGACAAGACUGUCAUCUAACUUCAGGCUGCUGAGAUGAUGUAUACUGUACCUAUUCAGGCAGCUGUAGUAGGGUGUUGUGUGUCAGAAUUCUGUAUUGCUUCUCAGCAAAGACUGUAUGUGUUCUAGAUCACGUUUAUUUGACCCUUUUUUGUCUGACACAUGGUUUGGUAUGAACUACACUUCCUUGAGAGCUUUUCCAUUUGCAUUUUUUUAUAGGCGAGGAGAAGAAGAAAUACCAACUGAUGUUUUGUAGCUGACCUGUUCAGUCUUGAAUGCUGUUAUUAAGAAAAAAUGAACUUGUAUGUGAAAACAAACUCAGGACUGAAUUCUUUUCUUCUCAGAUUUCAUGUUCUAGUAAUGGGUACAAAAGCUUCCUGCAGAGUUGAAAUGUCAGUGUAUAUGACCAACAACAAGCUUGCAGGUCAGCGUAAGACUGGUUAGACAACAAAACUGAGCAGCUGUUACUUGAAUACAUGCUUUUUAAAAGUCUGACAUCUAUCCUCAGUAAUACAUUAUUUCCAUCUGUGCAGUUCUUUAGUCCCCAGUGCAACAUUUGUGUAUGUGUUUUGUCAAAUGUUUCCAUGUCUCAGCCUUCCUAGUUUCUGUGAGAUUGUUCCUGAAGGUCUGUCUUCUCCAUCUGGUAUUUUUGUAAUGAAAAGUUACAACAGAGAGUAUAUUUUUUUAUUUUGAUGUCAUAUUGUAUGUCGUGCAUAGGCUUCAGCAUAAUCAUGUUCUUGCUAACUCAUAUAUUGCUGUAGGAAUGGUGUAGUGCUAGAAGCUAGAAAAAGUGUUUUAGAAAUGUAAAGUGUUCUUCCUUGCUAGCUUAAAACUCAGCUCUCUGAAUGAACAAUGCUGCUAAUGCAUGAUCAUCUUUCAGAACAGUGAGGGUACCUUGUAUCGUGAUGAGGAUCAGGUCUUAUGCAUGUGAUCCAUUCUGUGCUUCAAAGCUAAAUACAUCUCCUGAAAUUGCUAUUUGGCAUUACAAAAAUCAGAAGUUAGGCUUAUCCUCUUUCUCUCGUUUUGAGAUAUGCCAUUUUUAAGUAGCAGGUUUUUAAACUGAAGUUUUUGGACUGUUUGGGGAUGGUGGUUGUAAACAAGGCUCUACAGCUUUGAGAGAGACUUCUUACUUUUUCCCUUCCUUACCAAGGUCCUUGAAAGCUGCUUGCUGUUCAGCGUUCUCAUCUAAUGCUCAUCUCAUUGAACGCUCAUGGUUGAAGGCACAAUGAAGCUGUAGGACAGGAGGGGCAGAAAUACCCAUUCAAAAGCAUUGUGGAUUUUCUAUGUAGAGUAAGUUUCUCUUCAUGAGAAAUUACUGCUGCAGCAGAACCCACUCAGCUUAAGCCUGGCCUUGUGUUCUUCCAGGAAACUUUUGCUUCUGAUCUGAAUUAAAGAAUUGUCACACUAGAGUGAUUAGAAACAAUUGUUUUGCUGUGCUUUCUGCUAAGUAGUUUUAGUCUGUGGGCAUAUGGAAAUCUGAUCUAUGCUGUCCAUAAUUGUUUCUAAAUGUGUGCUAAGAGCAGGUGUGCCCUAUGCCACAGGGGCAAGGCCUUCAGAAAGCUCCCAGAGGUUUUCUUGGAUGUACUUGAGUCAAUGGGAGUUUUGCUUCUGGCUUGGAUAAGUGCAUGUGCACUGUCUACAUUUCACAGUGAAAUAGUAUGAAUGCGCAAGUUUAGGUCAGUGCUUCUGAAUGCAUUGCUGAUUUCUCCUAUCAAACUUAUUUUUAUUUUGGUACUAGAUUUCUGUAAUAAUAAAUGUGUCAGUAAUGUGCUUAUGCAUCUGUUUUCAAAAGGGUAAUAGGAAAUACUUGAUUUAGAAGUUUUGCAGGAUUUUGGUGCUGUGUGGAUCUGAUGAUCUCACUUGCCACUUUGAUCUCUUCUUCAUCAUCCUUUUUUAAUGCUAACUGCAAGCUCAUUCAGCCUUUUUCUGCUGCGAGUUCUCAUUCUUAAUAGUUUUGGAGUCAAAAGAACCUUUUAUAUUCUCAGAAAGUGUGCACACAACCCACUCUUUGUAAUACUAAUCUUUAGGUCUCUAAGAAUCAUUUGUUGCUGCAGCUUUUUUAAUGUCCACCUGUUUUGUAUGUGGCGUUUCUAGUUUUUUAAAGAUCUUGGGCAGCUUUGGUUUUAUUUCCUGCUGUUUGCCUUGUGUAAUCCUUUAUCUAGCCCUUUCGUCCAUGUGUUUCCUGCCUGAUCUUCGUGACUUGAAGACUUGCCAUGUGGCUGAGUUUUUACUUCAGUCUCUCUCCAGCUGGUGCUGUUCUGCCUCACAGCCUGGCCGGGCCCUGGGACCGUUUCCUCACACUUACAUAGAUUUCAUUGCACACUCGCACCUGCCUUCACAAAUGACCUCUCCAGCUGCUCAAAAAGGCAGGAGAUUGAUGGAGAGAAAUAGUGAACAAAAGCUUGCUUUAGUUAACUGUUUCUUUUUGUAGAGGGGAGAAGGGAUGUGUAUUUUUGUAACAAUACCUACGGUUGGUCCUAAUGCUGCUUGGCUUUGGAAAAUCCUACUUGAAAAGCUUUAAGGCUACAUGUGAACCUUGUGAGAAUUCGAAAGCCAUCUACAUAGGGGCUUAAGUUCUUUAGUAAGUUUCUGUGGCCUGUGUUAAUAUCUCUUGUAAAAAUUGGCUCAUGUGUCUUGUUACAUACUGCAGUAAUAUCCGAGAAGGAUUCUCUUGCUACCCUAAACUAGCUGUGGCUCUUCGAGAUGUGACUCUAAUUUCUUGCUUCACAAGCUGGUUUAGCAGAAGAGUUGGCUGAUCUUGUGCCAUGGGGCAAUGGUAGCAAUCUAAGAAGGACAUUUUGGACAGGGGUAGGAAGACUUCACCAUAGAUCACUUUAUAAUAAGCAGUAAGAAGAAUGCAUAUGAAUGAGGAGGGAGGAUGAAAGGAAUUGCCACAGGGUGAGUUUCAAGGACGGAGAAGCAAAAUGACAUAGUGAUCUCUAUGGAGAAUGUCAAUGUGGAAGAACCUGUGUAAGUGGAAGAGAAGAAAUGCCACUUGUAGGUGAUAAAAUGUAUUUAACUACACCUCUAGUUUAAGUAAUAGAGCUCGUAGCAAAUCAGUCUGGAGACCACUGGUGCCAGCAAAGUCCAAGGUUGAAGUUAUAACGAGAUACAGAAGUAGUGUGUGUGUUGAGACGUUCUUCCCCCAGGGGCUAUUACACGGCUACUGCUCCUGGAUGGCAGUUUUACAGCUCUGCUGGCAGCUCUGUGCAAAUCAUGUAGUCACGCCUGCUCCUGUGAAUCAGAGGACUUUGAGUGGUUUUAUGCUGUUCUCAUACUUAACUUAGAUGAUAAAUAAAGAGUCCUAUCAAGUUUAGUUCUUACAGUUCUCACCAGGAGUGCUACCUCCUAGAGUGAGCCUCUUCUUACUAAGAGAAAAAAGGAAAGAACCACUUAGGGCCUAUAUAGGAAAUAAAUGGAUUUCAAAUCCAUUCUCUUACUGUCAUACAGAAGAAAUUCUGUCCCAUGUCAGUAGAGCUGUUGCUUAUUGGAUCUGGUGUUGGAGUUCUUUUAGCGUAUAAUUGGGUCUGUUCUGCUUUGAACACACCAAUUCUUUAUUUCCUUGACUUAAGAAUGUUUGAUUCUACAAUCUGGAGAUAAGGGUACAUUCUGGCUGCCUGAGAAAGUCGGGUUCAAGGCCUUCUUCCAAAGUUACUUGGAAAAUCCUCUUUUGCUCACCCUAGUGAUUCUUUUACAGAUUUAGAGCUGCAAUCAUUUUUCCCUGUACAUUUUUUCUUCUUAAAUUACUUAUUAAAGUCUUUAGAGAUUGAUUUUGCUUCCUGUAAAUCUCAAGAGAAUUCACAUGUUAAUUCUGUAAUGAAGAUGAACACUUGCCCUCGGGUACACUGGAAAUCUUCUCUUCAACAGCCACUACAGAUGAGACCUGCAGGGGCAAAGGUAAGGUAUUGGUUCAUCUGGUCAUGUAUUUAUUUUACUACAUUUUCCUGGGGGUGGCACAAAGACCGGUGCUUUCAAAUGUUGCAGUAAUCUGAAGAACAAUAAACUUUCUCUUUCCAUAUGUUGAA